GAGAAGAUUGAAUAUGCCUUCCUGAUCUUCUUUGCCAUUGAAGCGAUGCUCAAGAUAAUUGCUUACGGGUUUCUUUUCCAUACGGAUGCCUAUCUCCGAAACGGCUGGAAUGUGCUCGACUUUUCUAUCGUGUCUCUAGGGCUUUUCACCAUGACCCUGGAGCAGGUCAAUGCGAAGCAGGGAGGGACUUCAGGGGGAAAAGGCGGCUUUGACGUGAAGGCCCUGCGAGCAUUUCGUGUGCUGAGACCCCUGCGCCUCGUGUCUGGAGUGCCAAGCCUUCAGGUCGUCCUGAACUCCAUCAUCAAGGCCAUGGUGCCCCUGCUCCACAUCGCCCUGCUGGUCCUCUUCAUGAUCAUCAUCUAUGCCAUUGUUGGGCAAGAGCUCUUCAAGGGCAAGAUGCACAAGACGUGCUACUACCUCGGCACAGAUGUGAUUGCCACGGUGGCAUCAGAGAAGCCAGCCCCAUGCACCAGCUCUGGCCAUGGGCGACACUGCACCAUCAAUGGCACUGAGUGCCGAAGUGGCUGGCCGGGGCCCAACGAUGGCAUCACUCACUUCGAUAACUUUGGCUUUGCCAUGCUGACUGUCUAUCAGUGCAUCACCAUGGAGGGGUGGACCGAAGUCCUCUACUGGGUGAAUGAUGCCAUUGGGAAUGAAUGGCCCUGGAUCUACUUUGUCAGCCUUAUCUUGCUUGGCUCCUUCUUUGUUCUCAACCUGGUGCUGGGAGUGCUCAGCGGGUAA